AUGCAAUCCUCUCAAGAAAGUAGGACGUUUCAAUGCAAUUUGUGUUCAACCCAUGUACCACAGAUAUGUUAGGAAGUACAUAAUGUAAAAUGUACUAUGAAAAAUCUUCAAGAAACAACUUUAAGAAAUCAAUUGAAUGAAUAAUCAUAGAUUCCACAACAAUAAAAUUUCCCAUAAUAAAUUAAUUUUACAGAAAAAGCAAACAACUAAUAACAAUUUUAGUAAACAACGAAUAGCUCACAAUAGUUUAGAAUUGGCAUAAUUUCUUAAUAGAAUUAAUAAAAUAUUUCUAGUAUAAUUUAGUCAGGUACAUUGAACGCAGCGAAUAAUGUUACAAGAUAAAUUGUAUAAUCUAACGCUACUUAAGAAUAAUAACCUGCAUAAACUCAAUAAUUUUAAAUUAGUAGAAUAUCAUAGUAAACUACUAGUAGCAAUAUUUCAAAUCAAUAAUUUUAAAGGUUUCUUGAACUUCAAAGGUCAAGACAGCCAUAAAACUAAUAAACGAAUACUCUAUUUAGAACUAAUUAUGGGUAAUAACAAUAGCCUGUUUAGUAGGCGUAAUUUCCUCAAUAAUAACCUAGUUUCAUCUAAAUUACUAAUAAUAUCAUGACACCAACUCCAAAUAUUUCUUAAAUUUAAUAAGCUCCUCGUUUUUAAUAAGUUACUCGUUCCCCACCCUAAUUUAAUUUUUCAAGGAGUAGUUCUAUUUUAUAAACUGCUAAUUUUACUUAAAGGACAUAAAACAUUGUUCCAAGCGAUGAUUCAAGUAAUGAAGAUGAGGAAAUACAUGAAGUGAGUGGAUUAAAUAAUUUUGACUUAUUAAAGAACUAUACAGAUGAGGAAGUGAAUUAAAUGAAUGAUGAAUAAUUCUAUCAAUACUUUAUACAUAAACAAAUUAUGGAGAAUCAUUUGGAUGAGCCUGACAUAUAGAUAUAAAGAGUGAUGGAAUAAUAAAAUGAAUUUGAUAAUCAAUGUGUGAUUUGUUAGGAAACCAUAAAGAGUGAAGAGGAAACUAUGGUUUUAGUUUGCGAACAUAAAUUUCACGAAGCUUGCAUAUCCAAUUGGAUUAGUUGUAAAUCAACUUGCCCUAUAUGUAAAACAAGGAUUUGA